CGCAGUCCGCCAGUUCAGUCAGUAUCGUGCCACCACCGUGACAACGUGUUAGAGUCGCUGCGCCCCCGGCGACCCCAACGUCCAGAGUACCGGCCACUCUCUCUCGCUCUUUACCUUUAGUUUAGUCUAGUAGUUUUGAAUCAACGAAGCCCCACGUGCUUCGAAAACCCCAAAGUUACUGUUCUGACAACAACGGAGCUCAGUCACAUGGAGUCCCAGAGCCAGGAGAUCGUCGCCGGCGGUUCACCCGCAGAGGUACCCAACGAUCCCGGGAAAAUGUUCAUCGGUGGCCUCAGUUGGCAGACAAGUCCAGAAAGUCUACGAGAGUAUUUUAGUAAAUACGGAGAAAUUACGGAAGUGAUGGUCAUGAAAGAUCCGGCAACACGGCGAUCUAGCCAUAUUGAAGCGGUAGCUGCCCUCGGAGUGGACGGCGGCACGCGACUUCUUAUACCAAGGGGUUUUGGAUUUAUCACCUUCGCAGACCCGGCUAGCGUAGAUAAGGUUUUAGCGCAGGGCACUCACGAGCUUGACGGUAAAAAGAUUGAUCCCAAAGUAGCGUUUCCUAGAAGAGCACAUCCCAAGAUGGUAACCAGGACGAAAAAAAUAUUCGUAGGCGGGCUUUCGGCUCCCACAACCCUAGAGGACGUCAAAAGCUACUUCGAACAGUUUGGCCCGAUAGAGGACGCCAUGCUCAUGUUCGACAAACAAACGAACCGACAUAGAGGUUUUGGGUUCGUCACAUUUCAGAGCGAAGAUGUUGUGGACAAAGUUUGCGAGAUCCACUUUCACGAAAUCAACAAUAAAAUGGUUGAAUGUAAGAAAGCACAACCAAAAGAAGUGAUGCUCCCUGCAAAUUUAGCGAAGACAAGAGCCGCUGGUCGCAGUGCAUACGAUUUUAUGUGGUCACUAGGGGCUCUACCUGACGGUUUCCCCGCAGCAGCUUAUGCUGCUUACGCGGCUGGAAGAGGUUACUCGGGCUACCCUAGUUUCGGACUCCCCUAUCCCACAGUGGACCUAACCAACGGCCAGCUCACGCCUAACAAUAACACACCCCUGUUGACUCAAGCCCUGUCAGGAUCGUCGUCCACGACUUGGAGCCAACCGUCUGGGGCCGAACAAUCGGCGCCCGCUGCACCUCAACACCACUUCUCCGUUUCCUUUGCAGUGAUGAACAACUACCAGGCGGCGGCUGCUGCGGCACAGGGUUUUGGGCCACCAGCAUCGCCCCAUGCAGCUAACACGAGAGCCGGAGGAUUUCCUGCUGCUAAUUCUCCAGGUCCCACCAUGGACAUGUACAACAGCAGCGCGGCGGAUAGCGUUGGUUAUGUGCAGGCUGCGAGUCCACAACCUUCAAGCUUUCCAGCCAUUGCGGUCAGUCGUGCCCCACUCAACUAUAGCCCGGGUCCACUGAUCCCAGCAGCGUUCACCAAUGGCUAUCACUGAGCUCUUGGACUUGUUUCUAGUGUUGUGUGACUCGAUUAGGCAGCUAAUGUGAUGUCAACACCUGCACUGUACAUUCACUUGUAUGUGUAUAAUAUUAAGUAUGAUAAAAAAAAUAGCCGCCGAUUAGGUGUGGCCCACUUGUUGUUGUAAUGUUUGGUGUUACCGUGGGAGGUCGGUCCGCCCCAGGCGAUCGCCGAUCGUCGACGCGACACGUAACAACUUACCGCAAAUUAAUUAUUAUGAUUAAUUAUUAAAUUGAAUAUUAUAGAGAAAGUUGGCUAAAGUUGUGUAAAAUAAGGCGAAAUUUCGUUUAUUAAUCGCGGUCGACGGUCACCUCCGGAGGCCGCCCCAUCAAACACAGGCACUCAUUGGUUAUAAGUCUUGCGUUUUAUUACAUAUGAUAUAUUACAGGGUAUCUGAUGGGAUACAUUAUCCUCACAUAUUAUUAUUAUAAGGACCAAGGAGGCAAUGAGGAAAAUAAAAAAAAAUAAAACAAAAAAAGAGAUAAAAAGACGUUACGGUGCAUUGCCGGUGGUGUGUAAAUUAAUUUUUAAACUUUUAAAAAGAGCGUUUUAUCUAUAUUGUCCCCUUUUUGUUUUUUUGGUUACGUUUAGAUAGUUAUGUUCCUUUCGAUAGUUAACUUAUGAUAGAUUUUUCGUAACGCGAAGAACAAAAAUACCAUUAAUUCAUGUUGUCCAGUGUGUUAUUGAAAUACCGUAUAAAUAUAUAUAAAUUAAUGUAUACAACAAUUACUGGAUAUUUUAAGAGAUUUGUAUAUAAUUGUUGUUUGAACGGAGGUGGGACGGAAAAAAUUAUUAAUCCUCUAGAAAAUCGCGGAUUUAUUUUCUUUUAUUCGACCUCCACUUUGUGUAGCUUAUAGUAAACAUCCUGAACGUAUAUUCCUGACGUAUUAUCCCCCUAUUAGAUCUGUCUGUUAGCACGAAACGGAUCUAUUAUAAGAAAGGUAUAUAUAUUAUAUAAAUGUUUCCUGUUAAUGAUAAAAAAGAAUAUUUCUAUAUACGUGAAUAUAACAGCGUUUUUUCCUUUCGUUGCUACUGGAAUAUUGGAAAAACUAUUUAGAAAAAAAAAUUACUUAACGGAAAAGGUGCUUUCUUAGUACUCCAGUACGAAGUAACACUCGAUACCUUUACGUGAGUUAGAACUUUUUUGAUGUACUUCGCCAUUUGGACUUUUUAGAGAUUACCAAAAAAAACGAAAAAAAAAAAUUAAAUACAGAUGUAUAUUAUUUAUCUCUUUUAGUACAAAGUAACACCACGAUAUAAUAAUAAAGGUGAAAUUAACAAGUAACAACAACUCGUCGUCGAUAAACACUGAAACUGAUGAAACCAACCCAAUCAGAUUUUUACGAUAUCUUUAAUUUGUUUCGAAUUUCAGCAGUUUCAGUGCGAACGCUUGUGCAACGAUCGAUGAUAAAGAAUAGUUAAAAAGCUAGUUAGGCCUGGUUUCUGUGAAAUCCAGCGCAAAUAUUUAUUGUUUUUUUCGGUAGCGCCGAAAAAUAAAAAUGUCAAUAUCGAUGUCAAUACACCAAUGACUGUGUUUUCUGUUCGGUUUUCCGUGGGUACUGUUCGAAAGGGUAUUUAAAAAAAUGUCAAUCCAGAGCAAUACGGUAAGAGUAGGUAGUUUAAUGAGAAAACAAACAAAAAAAAAUUAAACAAAAAACAUAAAACGAUGAUGAUUCAUUUUUCAGUGAUUUAUAUUUUGAUAUAUCGAACUGUGUUAUUGCAUUAAACGGUUUUUAAGGAUUAUAACGAUAGCUUAGCCAAUGACCCAAUUGGGUGCGUCGCUUUAAAAGACAUUGUGCAAUUUUGAAAUCUUUCAAAACGGCGCACCUUUUUAUGGUCGCUAUAGAAAAAGAAAUUAAAUACAAGUCGCGUCAAAAUGUA